CGUGGUACAUUCAGGGUUGCACAGUGACGCGUCACUCGAGGUUUUUGACGUAUAUUACGUAAAAAAUGUAAUAUACGUAAAAAACCUGUAAUAAAUGUAAAAAAAUAUGGCGGCGGUCUGGCGAUCAAUAAAAAAUAUGUAAACAAAUAUUAGUAUCACAGAAAAGCAACAAAUUAAUUAUUUUAAAACUUUUAAAAAAUAAGUAUAUGGAUAUGAAUCCACAAAAUCGAAAACGCCAAGCAAUUCCUUGGCAAAGUUUAAAAUUUUCACUCUUGAAAACUGAUGAAAAAGGAGUAACCAAUGCGAAAUGUUUAUUAUGCGACAAAAUAGUGCAAAACACUGGUUAUGAUCGUCUUUUAGGCCAUAGUGCGUCUUAAAGGAGUUUAAGCGGCCAUUUUGAAAAAGUAAAUUACGUAAAAAACUAAGCACGUAAAUUACAUACGUAAUAUACAUGUAAAAAACCAUGUAAUUUACGUCAAGUAUAUUACGUACGCAACCCUGGCGUACAUUGUUAUAUAAGUGUUUGUAUAUAACUGUCAGUUAGCGUUUUUUUUUUUUUUUUAAUGUGUUUGAAACGAGUUAAUUUUGUGUAAUUAUAAAUAAAAAAGUGAAAAAUGAGGCUGCUAAAUUGAUCAAUGAAUCAGCAUUAACACAGGCAACUUUACUUGAUACAAAUUAUUUUUGCAGGUAUUUUGUUACUUAAACAACAUAUACAUGUUCGAAAAUGGAUAGAAUAUUACGAGGUAUAAUGAAAUAUCGAAAAUGUCACAGAGAAGGGAUGGUGAAGCAAUUCCAACAAGUUCGAGACAAUCCUGAGCCAAAGGCCAUAUUUUUUACAUGCAUGGAUUCAAGAAUGAUUCCUACUAGGUUUACAGAAACAAAUGUUGGAGACAUGUUUGUGGUGAGAAAUGCUGGAAAUAUUGUGCCACAUUCACAACACUUUUUGGAUGAGUUAACAAUGUGUGAACCAGCUGCUCUGGAAUUAGGUUGUGUAGUCAAUGAUAUAAGGCACGUUAUUGUUUGUGGCCAUAGCGACUGCAAAGCUAUGAACUUAUUAUAUGCCUUAAAAGAUGAAGAGUUCUCAUCACAAAGAAACAGGAGAAUUUCUCCUCUACGAGCAUGGUUGUGUGCUCAUGGAAGUAGCAGUUUAGCAAAAUUUCAACAACUAGAAGUUACUGGAUUUAGAGAGCCAAUUGUCUUUCAAGCUGAAACUCCUUUAAGAAAAUGUAUAGCUUAUAUUGAUCCUGAAAAUAAGUUUGCAAUACAGGAUAAAUUAUCUCAGAUUAAUACAUUACAGCAGCUACAAAACGUAGCGUCUUAUGGAUUUCUAAAGAAACGAUUAGAAAGACACGAUCUACAUAUUCACGCACUUUGGUUUGAUAUUUAUACUGGUGAUGUUUACUACUUCAGUAGAGCUAAUAAGAGAUUUAUAGAAGUAAACGAAAUGACGGAGAUCCAGCUUCUAAAAGAAAUAAAUAAGUACUAUACUUAAAAUUUAAAGGAAAUAUGUAUUCGUAACUUAUUAUUCAAUAUUUGAAUUUUUGAAUUCAUGGAGAAAAAAGACUCAAAAUAAAAAAAAAUUUAUAGUGAUCAUUAUUAUUUCUGGAAAGUAAAACGAUUUCUUAGAAUACAGGAAACAAUAUUCUGUUAAAAAUGUUAAAUUACAAAAUUCGAGCGCUUUAGUAAUAUCACAGUGCAACAGCAUUUUUAUUUCUCGGAUCGCAUAUGGUAAUUUUUACAGGUUUUUUGACGCUGAAUACGAAUCCGAACUCAGAAUUAUUCCAUCACCCUAUAGAUUUUCGAGAAAUGUGAUCUUGAAAAUUGAAAAAAACAUGUUUUUUGGGGUAUUUACUCACACUUUUUUUAAAAUCCUGACGUGAUACAUAAUAUUUUUUUUAUUUUAAUACCCCACACUGUAAAAAGAAAGUACUAAAAUAGUAUCAAUUUAAGGUAUCAAAAUAGAACCAAAUAACAAUUUAGUACCUAAACUAGGUAUUAAAUUAAUAUCUUUUGUUUUACAGUGCAAAAAACAUGUUUUUGCGCUUUCAGUAUUUUUUCUCCUUAAACUGACGUACUAGAGACUUUUAUAUAGUACGGAAGUUUAAGGAGAAAUAAAUACUGAAAGCCGCAAAAACUUGUUUUUUGGGGUAUUUACUGCCACUUUUUUUCAAAAUCCUGACGUGAUACAUAAUAUUGAAAUAUACUUAAAAAAAAAAUUUUGACAUCAAAAAGACAUCAAAACAUCAAAAAGUACCCUAAAAAGGCAUUUUUUAAUUUUCAAGGUUAUAUUUCUCGAAAAGCUAGGGUGAUAGAGCAAUUCUGAGUUCGGAUUUGUGUUCAGCGUCAAAAAACAUGUAAGAAUCACCAUAUGCGAUCCCAGAAAUAUUAAAAAAAAAAAUUCUGUUGCACAGUGUAAGUAUUUAAAAAGGAUAAAUAGUACUAUUUCAUGGAUUAAGACAAAGAUAGGUAUAAUUAAAUAAUAAAUAAUAUAUAAUUAAAGAUAGUUAUUUCUAUAUUUCUGAUAUGAAUUCAUCAUACUAUUUUCAAAUAUCUAAAUCAUGUUUUCAUUCCAUCUUUCCUGGUAGCAAGUUUACUUUUUUCUUUGCUAAAAUGUAUAAGAUUGUGUUAUUACCUUGUGCGAAAAUUAACAGUAAGUGUGAUCAUAGAUGUAUGAUGAAUUUGUAGAAUUAUUUAAAUUAAUUAUCAUAUUGGGGAAAAAUUGUUUACUGGGCAAAAUAUUUCAUUUAAUAUAAGUUUAUUCAACAAAAGGGGAUUUGUUUUUAAUAAAAAUUAAAAAGUCAACUUACGAAAAACUCAUCUACGUUCUACGCAAAAAUUAGGUAGAGAAAAAAUGAAUGUGAAAAUUUACAUUUUUUAUAUUUGUAAGAAAGAUUACUAUCAGAAUUAUAAUUAUAGGAUUUACAUUUAUUUUUUAUUGAAUAAAAAUAUUUAAAAUAAUAAUGAUGGAAUUUAUCACUUGUCAAAUAAUGUAAGAUGUAUGUAUGGUGUUAAAUAUAUUAAUCUUUCAACAACAAG